AUGGUCCAUGAGUGUGAGGGGAGCCGUGACAGUGACAGUGGCUCUAGCUGUGGUGGCAAUGGCUUGGCAGCAAGCAAAAAUGCCAAUGUCCAUAUCUUCUACACAGGUCCACCUUCUUCAAGCUACGUGAUCUCUACUAGCACCUUGAAGGAUGUGUCAAUCAACUUGGCAGGUUGCCUUGGGAAUUAUACAUCUAUAGGACUAAAACCAAGCCUAAUGAGACAUUCUUUGGUUCCUAUUCUCAGGCCAAGAUCGGUGAUACCACAGUCAAGAUUCUUCAGUCCGUUUGUAGUAGCCUUCGUUGUCAUAGCAACAGUCCUGCUCCUGGCUAUGACUGUAGGUCUACUCAUUCACUUUUUAGCUUUUGACAAGAGAACUUACUUUUACCAUAGCAGCUUUCAAAUCCUAAAUGUUGAAUACACCGAGGCUUUAAAUUCGCCAGCUACACAGGAAUACAGACAUUUGAGUGAAAGAAUUGAAUCUAUGAUUACUGAUGCAUUCCGACAAUCAAAUUUAAAAAGUGAGUUUAUCAGAACACAUGUUGUCAAACUGAGGAAUGAAGGGAACGGUGUAAUCGCAGAUGCUGUCAUGAAAUUUCGAUCUAGUAAACGUAGCAAUAGAAGAUCCAUGAAAAGCAGAAUUCAGUCUGUACUACGAGCACUGAGCAACUCUGGAAACCUGGAAAUAACUCCUUCAAAUGAGAUAACAUCGCUCACUGACCAGGAUACGGAAAAUUUUUUGACUCAAGAAUGUGGAGCCCGUCCAGACCUUAUAACACUGUCAGAAGAGAGAAUCAUUGGAGGCACUCUAGCGGAGACAGGUGACUGGCCCUGGCAAGUCAGUCUACAGCUCAAUAAUGUCCACCACUGUGGAGGUAUCCUGAUCAGUAACUCGUGGGUCCUGACAGCAGCUCACUGCUUCAGAAGCUACCCUAAUCCUCUACAAUGGACUGCCACCUUUGGUGUUUCUACAAUACGUCCUCUUUUAAGAGUGAGAGUAAGGGCUAUUAUAGCCCAUAACAAUUACAGACCAACAACUCGUGCUAAUGAUAUUGCAGUUAUACAACUUGAGAGACCUAUCACCUUUAGCAGAAAUAUCCAUAGGGUGUGUCUCCCAGCUCCAACCCAAAGUAUCAUACCUGGUUCUAUUGCAUAUGUCACAGGAUGGGGAUCACUCACUUAUGGAGGCAACACAGUCACAGAUCUACGGCAGGGACAGGUCAGAAUAAUAAGUACAGAUGUUUGUAAUGAACCAGCUGGUUACAGUGGAAGCGUCUUGCCUGGAAUGAUCUGUGCUGGAGUGCCUUCGGGUGCAGUGGAUGCAUGCCAGGGUGAUUCUGGUGGCCCACUAGUACAAGAAGACUCACGGCGGCUUUGGUUCGUGGUGGGGAUUGUGAGCUGGGGAUAUCAGUGUGGCCUGCCAAAUAAGCCAGGCGUGUAUACCCGAGUGACAACCUACCGAGACUGGAUCAGACAGCAGACUGGGAUCUAGUGCAGCAAAGGCAAAGGUUCUGUGCAGCGCGUAUGCAAGUGUGCCCGACUCAGAUGUCACAGCUUUGCUUUUCAACUGCAAAGGAAAUGGGAAAUGUCUCCUUUUAACAUCCUAGUCUAUAAAUAUGCCUUAACGAACAGUAUUCAAUA